AUGACUGAGCCAAAUAGUGGAGGUGGAUCAUACUUUGUCGAACAUUUCAGUCGUUACAACUUGACCAUAUUGGACAAGUUGGCGACAUCCAACUACACAACAGGUUGUGAGGAUGCUGAACAAGCUGCCCAACAGAUUCUCAACCCACCAAUCGUCACAUUAUCAUGUAAACCACCAUUACUACAAUAUAAUGGUACUGACCGGCAGUAUGCCCUGGACACUGGAGUCUACUUCACCACGAACAACUCAAACUGCGUGGUCAAUUGUCCAGCACCAAUAUUCACACUUAGAGAAUGGAGUAGGAUAUUCACAUUGUCCGAAGUGUUAUCGUAUUUAUCAUUCAUAACAUCUUUAUUCAUGGUGAUCACUUAUGGAAUACUCAACAAGAAGAAGACAAGAUUUGACAGAAUCAACUUAUGUUUCCUGGUAUCACUGUUGAUGAUGAGUGUAUCUGGAAUGAUUGUUUCGAUAAAUGGCACCGAGAAGACUGUAUGUCCAACAGUAUAUCGAAGUGCCACAUUUUCAGACGCCCCAUGUACAGCAUCAGCAUUCAUUCUCCACAUCUUUGCACUUAGUUCCAUCCAAUGGUGGGCAAUCAUUGCAUUUGAAGUAUGGUUCACAAUCAGGAAAGUUGGAGCAUUCCAAAAAGAUAUGAUGAAAUAUUAUCUACCGGUUACUAUUUCACUUUCAUUGAUAUUCCCUAUCAUUGCCCUGGCAAGGAAGAGAUAUCAUGCUGGUAUUGGAAAUGUAUUCUGUUGGUUGGAUAGUAGUGCAUAUCAAACUGCAUUAUUCUUUGUACCAAUGGGAUUAUUCCUUCUGAUUGGUGCAGUAUUCAUGAUCCUACUCAUGUAUGAGAUCUAUAAGAUUGUAUCAGCGACAUCAACAUCAAAAGGAAAGAAUGCUAGUAUUGAGAUACUCAAAAUGGAGAUUAGACCGAUUGUUGGCAUUGUAUUAUAUUUCUCAUUGUUCAUAUCAACAGUGCCACUAUGGUUUGAAUGUGCCUUGAGGGCAGCUGAUCCUUAUGAAUGUACGGUGAAGGGACCAACAGCAGCAGGAAUUGGAUACUUCAUCUUUUGUGUGCGAAUCUGUGCCAUCUAUGCAUUCCUACUCAGUGGACUAUCAAAGAGAACGUUUGAAAUCUGGCGAUCAUCAUUCCUCUUGAACAACAAGUUGUUCAAGCUUAUCUCCACCAAGGUGUUAUCAAUGGCAUCUACAACCUUCAACGGAUCCUCCAAGAAUGAUACCAUCCCAUCAGCUCCAUCACAUAUUGUCGACUCCCGUAAUUCAAUUGACACAUACUCUGCAGUCGUUGAGUUAUAG